GCAUUUAGUGGUUCCGUCUUGUUUCAGUGGCUCAGUGAGUUUUAAAAUAAAUAAGGUUUCUAGCUACGUAUACAUAUUUUUUUACAAUGGAAGGUGCCAACUGCUCUCUCAAAGUUAAUAGGUCUCUGCUGGAUCCCAAAUUCGAGAGCUACAAGUUGACCCUGGAUCCCUUGCCCUGUUACAAUGUGGCAUUAGAUGCAGCUGUGGCAGAAGUGAAGCUUCGAGAUGACCAGUACACGCUAGAUCACAUGCGCGCCUUUGGCAUGUACAAUUAUCUGCACUGUAACCCCUGGGUUCCUGACAGCAUGUUCUUUGUGGACCAGAUGCGAAGAGUAAUGAACUUUACUGUUACGCUGGAUACAGCCAUGGGGAAACCAAUCGAGGUUUUUAGAUUUCCAAGCGAUAUGAGCGCCUGUGAGAAAUGCCUGUGUGCUUCCAUGCAUUUUACAUCUGCAACAAUCGUGACUCUCUCAGAUGGAACAGGGUCAUUAUAUCUCAUUAGAACUGGAAAGCAUUGUGACAGUACACCUGGAAAGUGGGAGAUGCUGUUUAAUCAAGAACUCGGAGCUCCUUUUAUUGUAGUUCACAGCAUUUCUUCGGUUCAGUCAGAGCUGCACGUUAUUGAUGUCCUUUUAUUGUCUAUUGAAAAAGAUGAAUUGGAUAUCGAAGGAAGUGGAUUCCACACCUGUCUAGAAUGGGUAUCUCUUGCAAGGAAAAAAAGUGAAGAAGAUGGUAAAUAUGAAAUCCUAAAACGUAGAAGCCUUCAUGGAAAAUCUGUUCCGCAUUAUGCAGCUAUUGAAACAGACGGAAAUGGACUGAUGAUAAUCUCUUAUAAGCCCUUCAGGUUCGAUGCAGGUGGGGAAAAUCAGUCGGAAUCAACUGAAGAUGAGAAGAUGGAGGAAGAGGGAAAAAAAGAACCACUUUACAUUUGGCGACAAACUGGAGAAGAUGUGACUUUAACCUUCCAACUUCCAGAAGAUGUGACAAAAGGGGACAUUAAGAUCACAUUUUCUUCAAAUCACCUUAGUAUUUCUUUAAAGGACCACGAACCUCUUCUGAAAGGGCAACUUUAUUCAAUUAUUGAUCAUGAAAGUAGUUCUUGGAUUCUAAAUGACAAAAGAAGUGUGGAAGUCACUUUAGUGAAGAGAGAUGUCGGAUGCAUGUGGGCCGAGAUAAUUGUUGGGGAUAAACAAGGAGAAUAUGUUGCAGAUCCAGCCCAGUGUGCUACUAUAGCCGAACAACUAAUGCAUCUCACUUCUGAAGAUAUGAAUCCAGAUCCAGAUAAAGGGAAACCUCCAUGUAAUGCUCAGGAGUUGGAGGAAUGUGAUAUGUUUCUUGAUGACAGCACAAGUUUGUGUCGAUUUGAUGGGCAAAGACAGAAAGUCACACACGUGGUUAAUCUGGGUAGCAACCAGUAUCUUUUUUCACUAGCAGCCACUCCUGAGCUCAUGCCUUGUUUCUGCUUACGACAUGACGUAGAUGCUCUUCUUUGGCAACCGGUUUCAUCAGAUCAAGACAAUCUAUGGGAUCAUAUUGCAACAUUCAAUGCUCUAGGAUAUGUCCAAGCAUCAAAGCAAGAUAAGAAGUUUUUCAGUUGUGCACCAAAUUUCUCUUAUGCAGCUCUUUGUGAAUGUGUGCGCAGAAUAUUCAUCUAUCGGCAGCCGUCUCCCAUGUCUACUGUACUGUAUAAUAGGAAAGAAGGAAGACGAGUCGGGCAGGUUGCUAAGCAGCAGGUAGCAAGCCUAGAAACUAGCGAUACCAUCCUAGGAUUUCAGGCCACCAAUGAAAGAUUAUUUGUGCUAACAGCCAAGAAUUUGUUUGUAAUAAAAGUAAACAAUAUAGACUAAUUACAAAUCAAUUUCUUUAGGUAACAUUCCUGAAAUUAUACUUUUAUCGCUUUUGAUAUAAAAUAUGCAUAUCACAUCAUGUUUCAUUUUACCAAAACAAUUGUGUAUUCAAAAUCUACAUGUAACCUAAAAAAAUCAAAAUAAAUAAAAAUUUAUAUCGUAAUAA